AUGGACUUUGAUUUCAAAGAGCCGACAUUGUUUGUCCAUGACCUGAUCCAUGAAACAAAGUUGGGUAAGCCUGAAGCUAAGAAAAAGCUUGAGAAGCUUAUUGUUGAUAAGUGCAUGUAUGAUCUUUAUAAGUUUCUUGUAGAGAAGGGUGUGCUGAGGCCAGAUCAUGAUAGGAUGGAAUCGCUACUUAAUUGCAAGAAUAAGAAAAUCGAAGAGCUUGAAGAGCUUCGAAAGGAGGAGACGGACAACGAGACAUAUAGAAGCGAAGUUGAUCGGAGGAUUGCUGAAUUAUAUUCUCAGGUAAUGGAUACAAAGAACGGAUUUGAGUGGAUGAGAAAGCUUAUAAGAGAUGACAUGUCAUUGUCAUUGAAGAUGGACAUUUUCCUUUGUAAGGCCAGAAUGGGGUUGAUUUUGGGAAAUAAAAAGAUUGUCGAGGAGAGUAUUAAGGUAGCGGAUGAUACAUACGAAAGAGGAUGUGAUUGGGAUAGAAGAAAUAGAUAUAAGGUGUACAAAGGAUUAUUCAAGAUGAUGGCAAGAGAGUUCAAGGAUGCGGGUGUCUUGUUUAGUGAGGUUUUGCCAUCAUUUGAAUCAAGCGAAGUAAUGAACUAUUCACGAGCUGUGCGAUAUAUGGUAUUCUGUGGCCUCCUCGGAUUCGAAAGAAAAGAAAUCGAAACACGUAUCCUUAAGUGCAGUGAUGUAAUGGGGAGUUCGGAGAAGCUUGGAGUGCAGCUGGCAACCUCACUAUUUGAAUGCAACUAUGGAAACUUUAUGAAUGAUUUGUAUCUGUUCUGUAAAUCUCUUCAGGAUGAUGUAUUUGUCGGGAGAUUUGUAAAUUUGUUUUGUCGAGAAAUGAGGCUACGUGUAUAUGGGCAGGUCCUUGAGAGCUACCGGUUGAUGUUGCUUGAGAAUAUGGCACAAACAUUUGGGGUGAGUGUGGAAUAUAUUGAACAAGAUCUUGGAGAAUUUAUAGUUGAAGGUCGCCUGUGGGGUAAGAUAGAUCGCAUUUCCGGAGUUAUUGAAGUAACUUCUCGAGAGGGACAGGAUGCAUCAAGUAUUGUUGGAUAUGGAUGUGAUGUUGUGCGUCGAAUCAAGAAGUAUGUUAAGUAA